UUCAUGGAUCGGUGCUGUCCCUGGCCUCGAGCGCGUCCUCCACCUACUCCUCCGCUGAGGAGAAGAUGCAGUCUGAGCAAAUCCGCAAGUUGCGCCGUGAGCUGGAGUCUUCGCAGGAGAAGGUGGCCACCCUGACGUCCCAGCUGUCUGCUAACGCCAACCUGGUGGCGGCUUUUGAGCAGAGCCUGGUGAGCAUGACGUCCCGCCUGCGGCACUUGGCUGAGACCGCUGAGGAGAAGGACACAGAGCUGCUGGACCUGCGAGAGACCAUCGACUUCCUGAAGAAGAAGAACUCGGAGGCCCAAGCUGUGAUCCAGGGCGCCCUGAAUGGCACUGACGUCACCCCCAAAGAGCUGCGCAUCAAGCGGCAGAACUCCUCUGACAGUAUCUCCAGCCUUAACAGCAUCACCAGCCACUCCAGCAUUGGCAGCAGCAAGGACGCUGAUGCCAAGAAGAAGAAGAAAAAGAGCUGGGUGUACGAGCUACGCAGCUCCUUCAACAAGGCCUUCAGCAUCAAGAAGGGACCCAAAUCAGCCUCAUCCUACUCAGACAUCGAGGAGAUAGCCACGCCGGACUCGUCGGCCCCCUCCUCCCCCAAGCUGCAGCAUGGCUCCACAGAGACCGCCUCACCCUCCAUCAAAUCCUCCACGUCCUCCUCCGUGGGCAUUGACACGGCUGAGCUCUUCCAGGCCCACGGUGAGGGUGAGCCGGAGAAGAAGGAGGUGUCGGAGCUGCGGUCAGAGCUGUGGGAGAAGGAGAUGAAGCUGACGGACAUCCGCCUGGAGGCCCUCAACUCAGCCCACCAGCUGGAGCAGCUGCGGGAGACCAUGCACAACAUGCAGCUGGAGGUGGAUCUCCUGAAGGCCGAGAACGACCGGCUCAAAGUGGCUCCGGGGCCCUCGGCAGUGCCAGGCUCUGUUCCUGGCCACGUCACGAGCACGUCAGCCUCCUCUUCACCGCGGCGCUCCCUGGGUCUCGCCCUUGGCCAUGCCUUCAGCCCCAGCCUGGGGGAUGCAGAUGUGUCCCCCAUGGACGCUGUCAGCGCUGGCACUCAGAAGGACGAGCUGAUGCUGCGGAUUGUGGUGCGCAUGCCGCCCCAGCACAUCAUCAAGGGGGACCUCAAGCAGCAGGAGUUUUUCCUGGGCUGGACCAAGGUGAGCGGGAAGGUGGACUGGAAGAUGCUGGAUGAGGCUGUCUGUCAGGUCUUCAAGGAUUACAUCACCAAGAUGGAUCCUGCUUCCACGCUGGGGCUCAGCACCGAGUCUGUCUAUGGCUAAAGAAUCAGCCCCCCCCAAAGAGACCUGGUGGCCCUGCCGCUGUGCCGCCGGGGCCUGACCAGCAUUGUCGUGACGCUCAAAGACCGGCGGCUCAUCCUCUCAGGACCUAGCGGCACCGGCAAGACCUACCUGACCAACCGCCUGGCCGAGUACUUGGUGGAGCGCUCGGGUCGGGAUGUCACUGAGGGCAUCGUCAGCACCUUCAACAUGCACCAGCAGUCCUGCAAGGAUCUGCAGCUGUACCUCUCCAACCUGGCCAAUCAGAUCGACCGGGAGACGGGCACGGCGGACGUGCCGCUGGUGAUCCUCCUAGAUGACCUCAGCGAGGCGGGCUCCAUCAGUGAGCUUGUCAAUGGCGCGCUUACCUGCAAGUACCACAAAUGCCCCUACAUCAUUGGGACCACCAACCAGCCUGUGAAGAUGACCCCAAACCAUGGCCUCCAUCUCAGCUUCAGGAUGCUGACCUUCUCAAACAACGUGGAGCCAGCCAAUGGCUUCCUGGUGCGCUACCUGCGGCGGAAGCUGCUGGAGUCAGACACAGACGUCAAUGCCAACAAGGAGGAGCUGCUGCGUGUGCUGGACUGGGUGCCCAAGCUCUGGUACCACUUGCACACCUUCCUGGAGAAACACAGCACCUCCGACUUCCUCAUCGGUCCCUGCUUCUUCCUGUCCUGCCCCAUUGGAAUUGAGGAUUUCCGGACCUGGUUCAUCGACCUGUGGAACAACUCCAUCAUCCCUUACCUGCAGGAGGGGGCAAAAGAUGGGCUCAAGGUCCACGGGCAGAAGGCAGCCUGGGAGGACCCCGUGGAGUGGGUGCGGGACACCCUGCCCUGGCCAUCAGCGCAGCAGGACCAGUCCAAGCUGUACCACCUGCCCCCACCCACCAUUGGGCCCCACAGCACCGUUUCCCCUCCCGAGGAGCGUACCGUCAAAGACACGACACCCAGCUCCCUGGACUCGGACCCUCUGAUGGCCAUGCUGCUGAAGCUCCAGGAAGCUGCCAACUACAUUGAGUCUCCGGACCGCGAGACCAUGGUGGAUCCCGACCUGCAGUCAACUCUGUGA